AUGUCUGAAUCCUACCAAGAUACCAUCUUGGAUCUUGCCCUGCUUCUUGAACAACACCACGCCCAGAGGCUGGUGCUCGAAGAUGAGCUCAUCGAGCUUCGUGCGCUCAACGACAAGCUCCAUCUCGACAACGACCAACUUCGUGCAUCAAUAGCUGACGCGAAAGCACGCAUGAGCUACUCCAGCGCCGUAGCUCGUCAUUAUUAUGGCCAAUCUGCAACGCUCUGGGAAGCAUUACAUCAGGUGUUGACCCAGUCCGGACUUCAUGGAACCUCAGCACUGGAGAGAACGAUGCAGAGGGUUAUGGGGUCACUUGGCAUUUCAUUGUAUUAA